UUUGCAGUCUCCUCAGUUCCAGGUCUGACCACUCUCUCUCUCUCUCUGUCUGUGCUUCAACAUUGGUGGAUUUGGUCUUCAAAAACUGAACUACGUAACAGAUUAAUCUCCUGUAUUUUUCGCCCUAUUGGAUCCUAAGAAGAUUAGAGGAAGAGGAGGAGCUUGACCUCUGAAUCGGUGAUGGUGGAAGUGUGGUGGUCCCUAUUGGGGGCUGCUAUCCCAGCAGUUAUUGCUGGGCACGCUUUUAGAAUGAAGAAAAGGCAUGCUGAAGAGCAGAGGUUAAAGAGUGCGAGGGGUAGGGAAAAGAGCCCUGAUGACAUAUUUGUCUGUGAAAGGGUGUGUACAUCAAAGAGAAUGUUAAAAAAGGUCGGUGCCUUCUCAAAGGACCCAAUUCCUGAUACUUGUGUUACUGUCUGUGGUGUGUCUGAGCUUGAUGCAUGUGCUGAUGCCUGUGCUCGCACUGUUUGUGUAAACCAACAUCAAGUGCCAAACUGGAAUGACGUCUGCUUAAGGAGAUGCCAGAGUGAAUGUCUCAAACUCUCUGAUUCCGGUUAUUUUUAAUGCAUUUCCCCCUCAGAUGGUAAAGUUUGUAGAUGAAGCAGUGUUAUCAUGGGGAUUGUUGAUCACACUUUCUGACUUUUUGUAUUUUGACACAAAGUGAUUUAAUUUGUGAUCAAUUUCAAGUUCCAUGAACUAAAAUAGUAUUUUCUUGAGGCUUUCUGUGGGGGAACCUGGUAAUUGUUGCUUCUUUGCAUUGCCAAUACACUCGCUAUUUUUGUUUGGAUCAGCAUGUCUUGAAUCCAUCAAAUGCAAGGUGCUAUCACAUGGUGUCUUGGAUCAGAACCAUUUAGGUGCA